CAUCCCUUAGCCGCCUUCUCCCCACCCCCGACCCUCCCUCCCCCUUGGUUUUCCUCUGCACGCAGCCCACCCCCGCGAGAGAACAUGGAGGAAAGUGUGACCUCCACGCUUCCGACAACCUGGCCCCAUCGCGUGGAGGACAGCUUUCCGAAUCGCUUCUCCCUUUCCAAAAUGUUGGGUCCUGAACAUCAAACUCGGGCUUGGGAGCAGUCUCGCCGCCGGUCCCGUUCAACUAUUUUUUACUUUUUUUUUUUCUUUUAAUCUAAGCUGGGGGUGCCGGGGAGAAACUGACAAGUCUGAGAAGGAUGGAGGCUCGUGUUUAGUUUCCAGCAGCUACUUUGAGGAGGCAACAGUUCAUUACCAAGAAAAGCUAUGUAGAUGGGAACCAGCUGUGCCCUGGUUAACGCGAAAUGGACAGGUUUUUCGUAGAGUAGGGGUCGCGCGCGUCCUGCUGUUAGAGUCAGAGCAAUAAGCUCAAGAAUUCAGGCAAAAGAACAUGAUGAGACAAUUAGAAUGUUGCUGGCUCGUCGUGGUCAGCCUUCCCAUUUUUCUGUCACUGUGGAAAAAGGAAGACCCCUGGCUGAAUAACGUCCUGUGGGUUUUAGGAACCUAUGGAGUUUGAAGAUGUAUUUCUGACCUUUACCAAGGAAGAGUGGGCACAGCUGGACCACCAACAGAAGUGCCUAUACAGGGAAAUCAUGCUGGAGAACUACAAUAACAUGAUUUCUGUAGAACAUCACUUUUCCAAGCCAAAUGUGAUAUCGGAGUUAGAAGAAGUAGAAGACUUCUGGCCAAUGGACAGAGAAAUUCCUCAAGAUACCUUUCCAGGAUCUUCUAGACCUUCUCCGGACCCUGGAAUAAAGUCCUCUCCUGAUGAGAAUCCCUUGACGAAGAUCAAGGUUGUUGAGGUCCUUACACUGAACAAGGAUGUAGCUGGUCCCCGGAAUGCCCUUAUUCAGUCCCUCUAUACUGAAAGUGGAGAAGACCUGAGCCCAGGUAACCUCAAGCCAGUUCAACAGGCAAGCAAGCAUUUGACUGACAGUGAAAUCGCUCACCAGAAGUUCCGCCAUUUCCAGUAUGAAGAGUCAGAUGAUCCCCAGAAAGCUGUAUCUCAGCUUCGUGAGCUGUGUCACCAGUGGCUGCAGCCCAAUAUACAUUCAAAGAAAUGGAUCCUGGAGUUGCUGGUGCUUGAGCAGUUCCUGAGGGCGCUGCCUGAGAAGUUGCGGGUGUGGGUGGAAUCGCAGCACCCAGAGGAUUGCCAGGCAGCCGUGGCCCUGGUGGAGAAUGUAACCUCGGUGUCUACGGAGGACGCUCUCCCUGCCUGCCAUAAGGAGGCCACUGAUGGACUGAAAGAGAAAAACAAGGACAUGGCCACCUUACCAGUUACUGUACCACCUGAGGAGCCAGUUACCUUCCAGGAUGUGGAUGUGGACUUCAGUCAGGAUGAAUGGCGGCUACUAGGUCCGAUGCAGAGGACUGAGUAUCAUGAUGUGAUGCUGGAGACCUUGGGCAACUUGGUCUCUGUGGGGUGGGAGCCUACAUCGGGAAAAGAAGAGUUAACUCUAGAAUCUCCCAGUUCUGUGGUAGAACCAAUUCACAACCCAAAACCAAAAGGUUUCUCAAGGGAAGAUACCCAGUCCACUGUCUCUGAAAGUAUCUCACAAGAUGAGGUCCCAGGAAUCCAUGCCAUAAAAUCGAGUCAGGCGGAGACUGUACAGGAAACAGGCCUCCCUCAGGGCCACUCUGAAAGCUCCACGUCUCAGGGGCAAAGUAGGCUGCACUCAAGCAAGGGCUCCCUCGAUGCAGGUCUUCCUAGAACGCACUUGCAUGUAAACAUUAACCAGAAGGGCUUAGGAAAGAGGAAGGCCAAGGAGAAAAACAUUGUCGGUACACGCGAUUCACCCAGAAGAAAUAAGCAGGAGGGCUAUGAGGGGCGGCAAGUCAGAGAUGGCAGCAAUUCCAGGAUACACGGCCCUUCUAUACAAAACCACCAGCAGGGAUAUGAACAGAGUAAAGCCGGGGACAGCAAAGAUCCCUUUAUACUUCUAGCACCUGCAAAAGUCUACCAAGCAGCCACUGGCUCUGAAGGGGGUGGGGUCAGGGACCACAGCAAGGCCAUGACACCUGAUGCAAAUACAAGGAUUCACAAGAAAGGUCCUAGACGGGAUAAGAUUGGAGAAAGCUCCAAUGCCACGGUACAAGGUUCGUCUCUAUCAAAUCACCAGACGGGGUCUGAGGCAGGAAGAUCACGGGACAGGAACAGUUCCUUGACACAGGCUUCACCUGUAAGAAUUCUCCAGAAAGGCUAUGAAGGGGGUAAAGUCCGGGGAAUGAGGAAUUCCUUGAAACAUGUAAGAACUAACCAGAAGGGCUCCAACAGUGGGAGAGUUGGGGAAAUUGGUACUUCCUUAAAGCACACUCCCUAUAUCAAAAUUCGCCUGAAGCCCUCUGAAAGAGGGAAAGGCAGGGAAAUCAACACUUCCAUUAAAUAUAGUCCCCAGGUGAAAGCUUACCAGAGGGUUUCGGAAGCAGCCACUGCAAGGAAAGCCAAUAAUUGCAACAAAGCCGGCAGCCAGCAAGCUCAGCAGAUAUUUUUUAUAAAAAUUCACAAGGGGAGCCAAGUUUGCCGCUGCAGUGAGUGUGGUAAACUAUUCCAGAAUGCUAGGUAUUUCUCUGUCCAUAAAAAGAUCCACACAGGGGAGAAGCCUUACAGGUGUGUGGCCUGUGGGAAAGCAUUUGUUCAGAGCUCCUCCCUCACUCAGCACUAUAGAAUUCAUAGUGGAGAGAGACCUUUUGAGUGUUCAGAGUGUGGGAGGGCCUUCAAUGACCGCUCAGCCAUCUCUCAGCACCUGAGAACUCAUACUGGGGCAAGGCCCUACCAUUGUCAGCACUGUGGGAAAGCCUUCCGCCAGAGCUCACACCUCACCAGGCAUGAGAGAACUCACACUGGGGAGCGCCCGUACGUGUGCACCAAGUGUGGGAAGGCUUUCACACAGAGUUCGCACCUUGUCGGGCAUCAGAAAACACACGGGAUAAAGCUCAAGAAGCAGGCCAAAUUGCAGUCCUAGUGCCUUUCAAACCACUGCCUUCUCAGCCUUGAGAUGCACUCUGCAGACUGAAGAGUCCCACGCUCUCAGGACACUGCCCAGCAAGCAUGAAUGAAACUGUCAGGGACUUCUUAAUUGUUUCAUUUAGUCAUGAGAAUAUGAAAGCUGAAAGUGCCCCUAAGUUUAAAGAGCCAAUUAACCAAAAACUGCACUAAUAAUUAUACACAGGGUCGUGUAUGAGUGACAAAACCCAAAAGAAUGUAUAGAUAAAUAAACUAAUUGCUUUGGAA